AUGUGCACCCCUGCUAAUACAGCCAUUACUCAAAUAUCUCUGUCCCAUCCAUUUUUCCCCUCCCAGGCCUUAGGUAUGGAUGUCCAGAUGGUGCCAGGUAAAGGUCCAACAUUCCCAGACCCUCUGAAGGAGCCAGAGGACCUGCAGCGUCUGCAACCUAAAGUGGACGUGGAGAAGGAACUGGGUUAUGUCUUCAAAGCCAUCACACUGACCAGACACAAGAUUGAUGGCAAAGUGCCGCUCAUUGGGUUCACCGGAGCGCCGUGGACGCUGAUGUCCUACAUGAUAGAAGGCGGAGGCUCCAACACCCACUCGAAGGCGAAGCGCUGGCUCUACCGACACCCUCAGGCCAGCCACAUGCUGCUGAAGAUGCUGACUGAUGUGAUAGUGGAGUAUCUGCUGGGGCAGGUGGCGGCUGGAGCGCAGGCUCUGCAGGUGUUCGAGUCUCACGCCGGCAUUUUGGGGCCCGUGGAGUUUAAUGAGUUCUCUCUGCCUUACCUUCGAGACAUUGCUCGCCGCGUCAAAGAGAAACUCAAGGAGACAGCGAAAGACAUUCCCAUGAUUGUGUUUGCAAAGGAUGCUCAUUACGGUUUGGAGGAUCUGUCUCAAUCUCAUUAUGAAGUGGUCGGGCUGGACUGGACCGUUGACCCAAAAGCAGCACGAACCAACAAAAGUACUGUUAAAGGACCGGAUCGAUAA